AUGUGUGCUACUAUACGCUCCGUCAAUGAUUCGGACUUUGAUGAAUGGUAUCGUCUAAGCAAAACUUUCCUUAAAGCCAAUCACAAUAUUGAUCUCAGCAAGGAAGACGCUAAGGAAACUUUUGAGAGGAUUCUUGAUCCAAAGGUGAAGAUUUGGGCAUUAUUAGCUAUAAAUCCAGAGACAAAUCAAUCCAUUGGAUUCACCAACUACCUGAGUCUUCAACAACCAUACAAUCCACAAGAACGUAUCCUUCUCAAUGGUAUUUACGUGGACCCUGAUGCUCGUUUGAAGGGCACAGGAAGACGUUUAAUCGAAGCAGUCUACAAAGCCGCGGACGAGCUUGGUACCCCAGAUGUUUAUUGGAAUACAGAUAUAGAUAAUCAUGCCGCUCAGCUCUUGUAUUGCAAAGUCGGUGUUAAAACUGGUCAAUUGUCAUACAAACGAGUUUUGGAUGGUUAG